CCCCCAGUGCAGGAUACACCUUUGAGUACCUUAUUGAAACAUUAAAUGACAGUUCACGCAAGAAGUUCUUCAAUGUACCUAAACUUGGAGGCACCAAGUAUGAUGUCCUGCCUUACUCAGUACGGGUCCUGUUGGAAGCUGCUGUGAGGAAUUGUGAUGGCUUUUUGCUGAAAAAGGAAGACGUCUUGAACAUUCUGGACUGGAGAACCAAGCAGAGCAAUGUGGAAGUGCCCUUCUUCCCCGCCCGCGUUCUCCUCCAGGACUUCACGGGGAUCCCGGCCAUGGUGGACCUCGCUGCGAUGCGGGAGGCGGUGAAGACGCUGGGAGGGGACCCUAAGAAAGUCCACCCCGCCUGCCCCACAGACCUCACGGUCGACCACUCUCUACAGAUCGACUUCAGCAAAUGUGCGAUACAGAACGCGCCCAACCCUGGAGGCGGGGACCUGCCGAAAGCCCCGUCCACGCAGAUCGAGAACACGCCCCUGCUGUGCCCUUUCCACCUGCAGCCAGUGCCUGAACCUGAAACAGUGUUAAAAAAUCAAGAAGUGGAAUUUGGCAGAAAUCGAGAGAGGCUUCAAUUUUUCAAGUGGUGUUCGAGAGUGUUCCGGAACGUGGCUCUGAUCCCCCCCGGCACGGGCAUGGCCCACCAAGUGAGCCUGGAGUACUUGUCCCGGGUGGUCUUCGAGGAGGAGGCCCUCCUCUUCCCCGACAGCGUGGUGGGCACGGACUCCCACAUCACCAUGGUGAACGGCCUGGGGAUCCUGGGCUGGGGGGUCGGAGGCAUCGAGACGGAAGCCGUGAUGCUGGGGCUGCCCGUGUCCCUCACGUUGCCCGAGGUGGUGGGGUGUGAGCUGACCGGCUCCUCCAACCCUUUCGUCACGUCCAUAGACGUUGUUCUUGGCAUCACAAAGCACCUCAGGCAAGCAGGAGUGGCCGGCAAGUUCGUCGAGUUUUUUGGAAGCGGAGUCUCACAGUUAUCAAUAGUGGAUCGGACGACAAUAGCAAACAUGUGUCCAGAAUAUGGUGCUACCCUCAGCUUCUUCCCUGUUGACAAUGUGACCUUAAAACACUUAGAACAUACAGGUUUUGACAAAGCCAAACUCAAGUCAAUGGAGACCUACCUGAAAGCUGUGAAGUUGUUCCGGAGUGACCAGGGUGAUUCCGGGGAGCCGGAGUACUCCCAGGUGAUCCGGAUCGACCUGAACUCCAUAGUGGCAACUGUCAGUGGUCCCAAGAGGCCGCAGGACAGAGUCGCUGUGACAGAGAUGAAGAGCGACUUCCGCGCUUGCCUGAGUGAGAAGGUUGGAUUCAGAGGCUUCCAGAUUGCGGCCGAGAAGCAGAGCGACGCCGUCUCCCUUCACUAUGAAGGAAGCGACUACCGCCUGUCGCACGGGGCCGUGGUCGUGGCCGCCGUCACCAGCUGCACCAACAACUGCAACCCGUCCGUCAUGCUGGCGGCCGGUCUCCUGGCGAAGAAGGCGGUGGAGGCGGGUCUGCGGGUGCAGCCGUACAUCCGGACCAGCCUGGCGCCCGGCAGCGGGAUGGUCACGCAUUACCUCAGCUCCAGCGGCGUGCUGCCCUACCUGCGCACGCUCGGAUUUGAAGUCGUCGGCUAUGGCUGCUCGACGUGCGUGGGGAACACAGGGCCCCUGUCGGACGCCGUCCUGAGUGCAGUGAAACAGGGUGACCUGGUUACCUGUGGAGUUCUAUCUGGAAACAAAAACUUCGAGGGCCGUCUUUGUGACUGUGUCCGUGCCACUUACCUUGCCUCUCCGCCCCUGGUGGUCGCGUACGCCAUCGCCGGCACCGUGAACAUAGACUUCCAGACAGAGCCUCUCGGCACUGACCCCGCCGGCAAGGACAUCUUCCUGCAGGACAUCUGGCCGAGCCGAGAGGAAGUCCAGCAGGUGGAGGAGGAGCAGGUCCUGUGCUCCGUGUUCAAGGCGCUGAAGGAGAAGAUAGAGACGGGCGACAAGCGCUGGAAUUCCCUGGACGCACCAGAUUCCGUCUUGUUUCCGUGGGACUCCAAGUCCACGUACAUCAGGUGUCCCUCGUUUUUCGACAAGCUGACCAAAGAGCCGGCCGCCCCGCAGCCCAUCGAGAACGCACACGUCCUGCUGCACCUGGGGGACGCCGUCACCACCGACCACAUCUCCCCCGCGGGGAGCAUCUCCCGCAGCAGUGCCGCCGCCAAGUACCUGACGAACAGAGGCCUUACCCCUCGAGAAUUCAACUCCUACGGAGCCCGGAGAGGCAACGAUGCUGUGAUGACAAGAGGCACUUUUGCAAACAUCAAGCUUUUGAAUAAGUUUAUUGGAAAACCGGCUCCCAAAACGAUUCAUUUCCCGUCGGGACAGACGCUGGAUGUGUUUGAGGCCGCAGAGCUGUACCAGAAGGAAGGCAUCCCACUGAUCAUCUUAGCGGGAAAGAAGUACGGCUCCGGGAGCUCCAGGGACUGGGCGGCCAAGGGGCCGUAUCUGCUGGGCGUGAGAGCUGUGCUGGCGGAGAGUUACGAGAAAAUCCACAAGGACCACCUGGUCGGCAUCGGCAUCGCCCCCCUGCAGUUCCUCCCCGGGGAGAGCGCCGAGACCCUGGGCCUGACCGGCAGGGAGACCUUCUCCCUGGCCUUUCCUGAAGAGCUGUCUCCCGGUGUCACGCUCACCAUGAAGACAAGCACUGGAAAAGCAUUCCGCGUGAUCGCUUCGUUUGAAAACGACGUGGAAAUCACCUUGUACCAACACGGAGGAUUGUUAAACUUUGUGGCACGGAAAUUCUCAUAGUACCCACUCCCCAUGGACCCCUUUCCAAACUGGUCACUGCGAGCCACGCCCCUGGUGCCGGACGGGGUCCCGCCGUGGCACUGCAGACCCGACGCUCCCUAUCUCACCGCGGGGGAGGUAGGCUCCAAUCACGUAGCGGCAGAACGAAAUCUUCCUGAUUUUAAUACUAUACGAAUGGUGCUAUUAACAUUGCUCGUCAGCGUGAAGUGUGUGGUGGACGAGAGGUAAGUGUGAGGCCUGUCACCGAUUGUAAAUAAAGGCGGGACUUGGCUUGUGUUGGAGAUGGUCCUGUGAGG